AUGUCCAGCACCGCUCUCGAGAGCCUCAAGGCUUCCGUCGAACAAAUAAUCCUCGACCCCAAGUAUCGCGACGUUCUUGCCAUUGUCAAGGGCGCUCGCAAUGGCGCCGUCUACGGAGCCAAGGUGCGGUUUCCGCACGCGCUGGUCAUGAUGCUCCUAUUUCGAUCUGGGACUCUCCAAGAAAAAGCGAAACUCGUCUUCCGGGCGACGAAAACCCACGCUACGAAUCUGGCAAAGUUCGCGACCAUAUACAAGACCGUCUGCUAUCUUCUAAAACAUUACGGGACAACACCAGGCAAGGAAGGCAAGCGGAUACCCAUACCCCCCUUUGCGACGGCGCAAAAAGUCAAGCGCAUACCCGAGAGAGGACGUCCAUACGAUAGCUUCUUCGCCGGCCUCCUCGGAGGCUACGUCGUAUUCGGCCAGCGAUCGCGAAAGGGCAAAAUCUCGAGCGUCAACCAGCAAAUCGUCGUCUACGUCUUUGCGCGGGUGGUGCUGGCACUAGCGCGCCUGGCCGUCAAGCCCGGCUAUGGAUUGCCCGGCGUGUCCGAGCCCAACAAUAGCACCGCCAUCAGUCACUAUGCUUGGCCGGUCUUCGCUGCUGUGUCAUGGGCCAGUGUCAUGCACCUGUUUAGGUGGCAUGAUGCUGAGCUGCAACCUAGCUUGCGCAGCAGUAUGGUGUACAUUUAUAGAGAUGCCGAUACAUGGGAUGGGUUGCGCAACUUCCUCUGGCAUAACAAAUAA